AUGACCUCACCCCGCGGCGUCGUGGCUUCGAGGAUCGGGGGGACCAGAGCAUGCAAUUGCGAGCCCUUGCCUGCUUGUUGUCUGCUUGCUGGCUGCUUGCGCGAUGCAUCGAGCUACGAACAAUGCGGGGUGACGCGUGAGGCAAGCGAGCACCCUGGCAACAGUGACACAGUUACCCCUUAG